UUUCCUAGGGUUUUUCUGCAUCUCUUAACGUAUAAAGUCUAAAAAGACGAUUUCUUCCCCUCAACGGCUGCUUCUCUCAUCUCCUUGCCUGCAUUUCCGGUGCUUUCAGCUUUGUGAUUCCCUUGAGUGCUAGGACAAAUUAGCCAAGAUGCAGAACGAGGAAGGACAAAACAUGGAUCUCUACAUCCCCAGGAAGUGCUCUGCCACAAACAGGUUGAUCACUUCUAAGGAUCAUGCAUCUGUCCAGAUCAACGUUGGGCACUUGGAUGAAACUGGCCGAUACACUGGCCAGUUCUCCACCUUUGCUCUCUGUGGAUUUGUUCGUGCCCAGGGAGAUGCAGACAGUGCACUUGAUAGGCUCUGGCAGACAAAGAAAGUUAUAGUUCGACAACAGUGAUCUCAAGCCAUUCAGAGCCCUUUUACUGUUUCUUUUAGGAUUAUGCAUAAUACUUCAUUUAUGUGACCUCUUGCGAAGCUUGAGUAAUUUUACCAGAUUACAUGCUUUUAAUAAAAUCUUGAUUAAUUGUUCCA